UCGUUGACCAAGAGCCAAGUGCAGACCUCCCCGCCCAUGGCCUUGCGUGACCCUAACAUCAUCUCGUCACCUCUGCCUACACCACCGUCGCACAAGCCCCAGCCAUUGCAAUGUGAAAAGGGCAUAAAGGAGCCACUAGUAACAGCAAUAGAGCGUGAACCACCCACCGAUGCUAAGAGCCCCAACGGGUCAACCUUCGACCAGCUGUUCCUGACCAUGGGCCGCGGCAGCUACAAACCGAAUAACAAGAUCACCGUGGUGGGCGCUGGUGACGUCGGUGUGGCCACUGUCUUCUCGUUGCUGGCUAAGGGUGUUACAAAUGACAUAAGCAUGAUUGACUUCGGAGAAGAUAAGCUGAGAGGCGAGCUCAUGGAUUUACAGUAUGGUUCCAAAUUUUUAAGGAACGCCAAACUACGAGCUAGCAAAGACUAUGGUAUAUCAGUAGACUCAAAGAUUUGCGUGUUAACUCCGUGCUAUGAAUCGGAGUCCGGUCAGAAGAUUGGCGACUGCACCCGGUGCAAUGCGGAGGUCAUGAAGGCUGUUAUACCGCAGCUUCUCCACUACAGCCCCGACGCUAUCAUCCUAGUGGCAAUAGAGCCAGUGGACGUGCUGGCCUACCUGGCGUGGCGCGUCAGCAACCUGCCCAAAGGCCGCGUCUUCGGUUCUGGCACGAAUCUAUAUUCUGCCACGUUCCGGUAUUUAUUGGCAGACCGUCUCGGGCUGGCCCCGUCGGCUUGCCACGGGUACAUCAUCGGCGAGAACGGGUAUAGCAGUGUGCCUGUGUGGUCCGGUGUAACGGUGGGAGGCGUGCACCUCAAGGACCUCAAUCCUGACAUCGGCACAGACACUGAUCCUGAGAACUGGCAGGAGAUACAUCGUCAGGUACUGCAGAGUGGCCAGGAGAUCCGCGACCUCAAGGGCUGCAACUCCUGGGCCUCUGCCCUCUCUAUCACCGACAUCUGCUCUACGAUACUGAACGACGCGAACUGUAUAAGGCCCUUGUCUACGUACGUCAAGGGUGAGCACCAAAUCAACGAAGAAAUCUUCAUGUCUCUUCCCUGUGUGGUGGGAAGCGCGGGAAUCACAGACAUCAUACGGCAGCCGCUCAGCUGCAACGAAAUUGAACUCCUGCACAAGUCUGCCGAAGCCAUCGUCGAGAACCGAGGCGCUAUCAAAAUCACUCAAUAGAUACUGAAUAACUUUUACGAUAACAUUAUCAGUACUGACGUCCCUUGAAUGCAAUCGAAAGUGAUGCGUCAAACUUAGCGGAAAUCCAAUACUUAGUCAUAUUACAUUUAAAUUAUUUCAGUCCGUCUGUUUGUUUCGAAGUUCUGUUCCAAUAAAAAUCCUGUUAAACUUA